AUGAAUACAGCAAAUAAAGAAUGCCAAAAAUAUCGAAAAGAACCUGAGAUAGAAAUUAGAAAACUAAUUAACCAAUAUCUUGCAGCAAGUUCACCAAUUAUUCAAAUAGCAAACUUUUUUCUCCCUCCAAAUUUACCUAGUUCAAGAUCAUUAAAUUCAAAUUCUAAUGUUAAUUCUGACACCAAUUCUACUCUACCUUCUUCAUUUAAUGAAAUACCUACUAUUGCACCUAAUGCAUUAGCUCAACAUCAAGCUUUGGAAUUAAUUCAAAAGGCAAAAUCUAAAAUAAGUAAAUAUGAAACUCUAAUGAUUUAUACUAGUAACAAAGAUUUUUGA